AGGAAAGAAAAGUGGAUUUUGAAAAGUUAGCAGGAAAACGUUUUGUUCAACUCUUUUGUUUGGGGAGGUCAUGGGCAACAACAACACAAAGGAUGUGCCGGAUCCGUCGUCAGGGCUGACCCCAAGACAAAAGGACGCCAUUAGGGAGUCCUGGAAAUUGAUGGACAAGCAUCAGAAGAUGAUUGGAACCAAAUUUUUUGUCAAGUUUUUCUCGGAAAAUCCUACAUAUACGCAGACUUUCACGAGAUUCAGGCAUGUGACAUUGGACGAUUUGCCGAAUAACAAGGCACUACAAGCCCAUGCUGUCACCUUCAUGAAGGGCAUGGGCACAUUGGUGGAAAAUGUGGAUGACCUGGAAUGCAUGGAUGAACUGUUGUACAAAAUUGCAACCAGGCAUCAUCCAUUUGGACUCAAGGCAUCUGACCUGCACAAAGGAACGGACAUGUUUGCAGAGACCCUGAUGGACUUGGAGAAUAACAUGUUUGAGACAUUGGAAUAUCCUCCAGAGUUUGUGGUUGCAUCAUGGAAGAAGGCAUUUGACGUGAUCAUACCAAUAGUUGGCGAAUACAUAGACGAUUUGCAAAGAGCCGAAGACGAAUGCCUUUGAAGAACAAGAUGAGGAAAACAAAAAAACAAGAUGCGUUUUUCGUUCAUUUUUUCUUGAGUUUUUUUGUUGUUGUUGUGUGAACCAAAAGUGAAGCUUUCCUUCCCUCGAUUGUAUAGUUUUUGUGGAGAAAAUGAACUUCAAUUUUUCCCCGAAGAUUUGAUUAACCAAAAAUAGAGGGGAGAAAUAUAUGAAAUGGAAGAGACCAAAGAUUUUGAUGAACAAAUGCGGAUUUUAGGUAAAUUGUAAAAAAAAAGAGCAUACAUGAUUUUAGAUUUUCCUUGUGUGUCUUUUGAGUUUGAAAAAAAAAAACCUGAUGUAUACCUCUUUUAAGGAUUGGUCGUAUAUUUUUUAAGCAAAAAAAUUCGAAAACUUAUCGACAAACAUCGGAGUACAGACUUGACAGAUUUUUCAUUGCAUUUUUGUGCGGAUGAACUGGAGAAUUCUGAAAAUUUUGAAUUGGAAGUCAACUCAAAAACACGUUUCAUUCUUUUCUGGUAAAAAAAAAACUACAGAAAUUUUCGCCAACCCUGCAAUUCAAAAAUUUCAGAAAUAGUCUCCAUACAGUUUUUAGAAGAACCAGAAUCAAGAAUCUCGGAGGCAGAAAGUUUUCACAAGUGAAUUUCUCGUCAAAUCUCGGGCAAGUCCUUCGCAGUAAAAAUAGUUUUCAAAUUCGAGUUUAGAAAAAAGUUUCAGAUAUGAUCCCUUUUGCUCAAAAAUUUUAAAAAAAACAGCACCGCGGGUUUUAUAGAAAAUUUUGAGAUUGAGAUUUUGUGUCUCCCUUUUUUUUGUCCGUGAAGACAAAUUUAAUUUCGUUUUGUCCCUCCAAAAAUGAUCGGAAGUUUUGUGUUUGUAAAGUCUUCGUCUUCUUGCUGUAUAGAUUUGACACUUUUGCGUCGUCGCUGAUCGUUUGUGUCUAGCUGUGCCCAAUUUUUGAAAGAAAUAUAAAUGACCAAAUGAUAAAA